CAAAGCCUGUUCGAAACUCUUGGCUGUAGCACAGCAUUUAGUUCGUAAGAAUCAAAUUUUUCGUUUUAUGGUUAUUUCUCGUAUGCCCUGGGAGAUGCCGGUGCAACUGCUUUUUGAUGACUUCAGCCGAUGGCAGUACAGACAGAAUUCCGAUCUAAUGCCUGUGAACAAAUUGGAGCAGAAGAUCUAUUUGCCAUUCGACAUGUUCUACAAGGACUUUGUCACCUGGCUGGCCAACGAGAAGCUCGGCUUUCUGGCCCAUCAAUUCUGGGAGAAACUGUCGCCGGCCCAAAUGCACAGCUAUGACAUGAAGGCGAAGGCAAUGCAUGAAGCUGCGAAAGCAACGAAAACAAAACCAGCCCAAUUCGUUAAGAAGCCCGCCGUCAAGGCGCCCACAAAGAAGCGCGGCCUGCAAGGCAAGAGUUCAAAGCGCUCCAACCAACCCGAGCCUAAAAAGGUUCUAAAGAAGAGUAUUACAACGACGAAACUAAAGAAAACUCGUUGAGUUUGCUAUCUAUCCCUCUGCCUACGAUUGACUUUAACUGGAGCGCUCAAAGUUUAUAUACGUAAAAAGUGCAAAAAUGGGAAAUCUGGCAGGAAAACAGUGAACGCAGCCACAGCUACAAAAUUUGAUGUAAUUCUUGUGUAUUGUGGAAAUUCGGAGCUCAAAAUAACAAAUCGCCACAGACAACCAGAUUAAAUCAAAUUCAUUAGUGCAAUCAAAAUAUGAGGAGCAAACAAAAAGUGUAUAGAAAUAAUAUCUAAAAUCGCAUUGAGCUGAGAUAUUGACAGACAUUGCUGAA